AUGUCGACUCCGAUCGAAGAGAUCCCCGAGCCCACGUAUCACGUCGAACAUCAGGGCCCCCGUCGCUCGUUGGAUGAAGACAGCUCUGUCCACAAUGACACCACGGAGGCUGGCCGAAAUACCUUGAAUGUCGAUACCUCCCACGCCGAUCCAUCAGUGCGGCCUGAACCUUCCCCAUCUCGAGCUCGCGAACAUGCGACGCGACUGGAGGACGACUUGGCCGUGCUGGAAGCGGAGCGCGUGGUCUCCAACUCGCAGCGGAGCGAAGAGAAGAGCGAGAAGGCAUCUUUGCAUAAAUCUCGCUCCCAUCGGUCGGAACCGGUCGAUGAGUUCGAUGCGGCUACCAAUCCGUUGCACGAGAAGGCGGCCAUCUACAAACCGCCUGAGAAUCCAAGCACGAGCUUGGCAAAGAUUGUGAAGAAAAUCCACAGCUCGAGCUUUCUAGUCCGCUACUUCACUUAUAUUGUCCCUGUCGUCUUGAUUCUGCUCAUUCCCCUCUUGCUCGGGGCGCUGAAGUAUAAGGAUGCCAGCGUGGGCGGGGUUCAGUUGUUGUGGUUUUCGAUCUGGCUGGAGAUCGUUUGGUUGACACUGUGGGCAGGAAGAAUUGUCGCCAAGUGCAUCCCGGCUCCGUUGGGAAUAAUCAUGUCGUUGUUCACCAACAACUCGAAGAAAUGGCGGGACUUGGGUAAACAGCUGGAGCUGCCGGCCACGCUCUUUUUCUGGUGGCUGGGUGUGGAGAUUUCAUUCCUGCCAACCAUGAUAAAUCACCAUGUCGAUGGCGAUCGUACGACCCGCGACUGGGAGGUGACGGUGAACAAGAUCAUUGUGUCGGUGUUCGUCGGGACUAUUCUCAACCUGGUCGAAAAGAUCAUCAUCCAGUUGAUUGCCAUCAGCUUCCACACACGAACUUAUGCGGACCGCAUCGAGAUCAACAAAUUUCAGAUCGGCAGUUUGACCAAGCUCUACGCGUAUUCACGGCAGAAGAUUUCGAUGAAAGACGAGGAAUUCGAGGAAAAAGGAAAUGGCCGCCAAUCGGGGACGAAAACCCCUCGCCAGUAUGCCACUGCCGCCACCAGGGUCGCCAGGAGCGCUCUGAACAAGGUCGGCGAUGUGGCCGGUGCGGUUGCCGGUGACUUUACCGGAAGAACGAUCACCAAGCGCAACGACCCAUACCAGGUAGUCCUUACCCUGCUCAACACGACAUCUGGCAGCCAGGUCCUGGCGCGCCGAUUGUACCGCACUUUCGUCCGGGAUGGCUUCGAUACAGUCUUUUCCGGUGAUCUCAAGGCCGCGUUCGACAACAACGAGGAGGCAGAUGCGGCGUUCGCCAUGUUCGACAAGGAUAUGAACGGGGACAUCUCGAUGGAAGAACUGGAGGCUGUAUGUGUGGAAAUUGGGCGCGAGCGGAAAUCGAUUACGGCGUCUCUGAAGGACUUGGACUCAGUCGUUUCCAAGCUGGAUGAUGUCCUGUUCUUCAUCGUCCUCGUCAUCACCAUACUGGUCUUCCUCUCGCUGAUCUCGACAUCCGCGGCCGGCGUCCUGACGUCGGCGGGCUCCACCAUUCUUGCGCUCUCCUGGCUCUUUUCGGCGACGGCCCAAGAGUUCCUCCAGUCCGUCGUCUUUGUCUUUGUCAAGCAUCCGUUCGACGUCGGAGAUCGGGUUACCAUUUAUGGAAACACAGGUGAUAAUCUGACGGGAGAUGACUACUACGUCAAAGAGAUCUCACUCCUGUACACGGAAUUCAAGAAGAUGCAAGGCCACGUCGUUCAGGCCCCGAACAGCUAUCUCAACACGCUCUUCAUUCUCAACCAGCGCCGCUCGGGAGGACUGGCGGAAGCGGUACCGAUCGUGAUCAAAUUCGGGACCACCAUGGAACAGAUCGAGGCCCUUCGUCAGCGACUACUCGAAUUCGUCCGGACGGAAAAGCGCGAGUACCAGCCCAACAUUCUCACCGAGCUGCGAACCGUCACAGAAGCGUACUCGAUCACCUUGAACGUGGUGUUCUUUUACAAAUCCAACUGGCAGAACGAGGGGCUCCGGCUGCAACGCCGCAACAAAUUCAUCUGUAUGCUCAUGCUCACCAUGAUGGAGCUUGGUAUUGAGGGACCACGCCGGAACCUCCAGGGUUCGCAUGUCGAUUUCCCGUUCCACGUCAGCUACCAUGGCAUGCCACCCACUUACUCGGCUGCCACCACGGACAACAGCGACCUUUCUCGUCCGCACACUGUGCCGACUCCUAUCCCCGAAGAGCGCACCAGCCUGCCGGAAAACUCAGCCGUCAGCAGUGGCAGCGGCCUUGGACUCCGCGCGUCGCACUCGAUCCUGCGCAAGGGCUCCACUGUCGCCGCGGCUCGGGCCCGUGGCGAGUCUGUCUCCCGACCCAACCGGCACGUCGACUUCUCUCUGGGCAUGUCGGGCGUUUUAUCGGACGAUAUCAUGGGCGAUGUGUUCGAUGACAGAAAACAGUCGCGACUCGCGGAAGCCGUGCAGAACGCCAACCGAGAAGCCGCAGAGCGACGGAUGCGGGAAGAGGAGACAGCAUCGCGUGCCAGCUCAACGGCGUCUCCUUGCGUGCGCGGCGGUCUGACAGACAGGCGUUCGUCGUUCGAGUCGCGGACUUCCAAUGCGACAGGACGACCGAGCUUUUCGUCUUCGAUCCGUCAGAACCGAUUCUUGGGGCGGUUAGGCUCGCAGUACAGGGCGCGGAACCCAGAGCAGGAAGAUCAGGACCUGGAACAAGGACAGCAGCAACCACAAGACCGCAUCGAUGGACGAGGCGGAAAUCCACAAGCCACUGUUAAUGACGACAAUGACGUAUCUCGACUUUGA